AUUCCCGCCAACAUUUUCGUGCUUGUUUUUGCCCAAUUUCGAACUUUCUCCAUUCUUCUCUUCCCUCCCUUCGCUGCUCUACCUGGGAUUCUGAUUCAGGAAAGCUGGACUUCCAUGAAAAUUACUAAGAAGCGAACGACAAAGGUGGUUGAAAAAACCACAAAGCUUAAAUUGUGUGCAGGUCAGCCUCAAGUUGGUAAAUCUAUCAACAGGACAAGGGGGCAUUGUCCCAAACCUACAGGGAAAAGCGAAGAACUUGUGGUCAAGAAAGACAAGCAUUCUUUGCCUUUAAGAUCAGCUGAAACAUUACUCCCACCACUUUUAGGCAAAAAUAAAUGUUCUGCAGAAACGAAAGAGGGAUUACCUAUAUCUGAGCAACAACCAGGACCAAUUCUUCAUACUUCUGUGAAGGUUAAAUUGCAGCUUUUCCCAAAUAAUGAAGUCACUUGCCAGGGAUUAGAAAAGGAUGGGUAUCAUCCAUACUUGGAGCUCACUUUAAGUGCUAGAAAAAAGAUAUCUUCUGUCCUUAAGCACCUCAAUAACAAAUGGGGUGGUUCAAGGAUUGCUAUUGGGGAGCCCGUUCUUUUCCCAUAUGCCAUAUCUGAAGAUUUAGCUGGUUAUAGAUGGACAUUGAAUGAUGUUGGUCUUAGUGCAGGAGAUGUCUAUGAGUCUAUUGGACGCCCUUCUAUUUUCCGCUUGAGGUAUGGCUGGUUCUCCGAUUGUGAAAAUAAUUUGUCUGGAGUGCCUUCAACAUCAACUCCCUUUGAGGUUUCUUUACAAUUUGAAGGCACUCAGAAAGGAGGCAGUAGUAAUAUAGGAAGUGUAUUUGGCAAGGAGAAACAAAUUGAGGUAACAAAUGAAGAUUUGAAAGCAGUCACUGCAACUGGAGCAGCAGCUAUCAGUGUGACUGAUAAGACACCUUCCAAUGGAUUAACUGAGCCUAUGUGCAAUGAAGUGAAGAUGCACCAUGGCAUGGGUCAGUCCUCCUAUCCGUGGGAUGAUGGUCUAACUAACAUAAGUAUUGGAGGCUUGCUGUCUGAAGCAUCCUUGCAGGGCAGGUUCAAUAAUUGUGAUCCAAAAUCAGAUGUAAGUAAUGCAGGCUUACCUCCAUCUCAGUUAACCUCCGAUUCAUUUGAUGCUUUUAUCAUGGCCCAUGUAAAUCAUUCCCAAGCUCCAAAGCUGCCUUCUCAUGGUGCAAGCUCUUCCAUUUUGGAUGCUGAAGACACUUGUCAUGCAUUUCCUUUUCAAAAGUUUUCUCCCUCGGGCAAAGAUGCUCUCAAUCUGGGUGGAAGUGCUUCUGCUCGCACAUGCAGCCAGGAUGCUGUUUCCAAGUCAUUUAAACAUCCAAUGACUAGUGAGGUUAACAUCCAAUCUGGCCUUCCGCAAGGCAAUGUCUGUCAAGAAUCUAAAACAGAUUUAUCACUCUGUUCUCAAUUUUAUAACGACGAAAGCAGCUUUGGGCUCUCAGGGAUUAAAUGGACAGACUCUUUGGGACCCUUUGAUCUUGGCCUAUCUUCUUCUAAAAGGAUUAUUAGCAGUGAUAGUUUAAGCAUUAGCAGAAUCGUUAGCUAGCAGUCAAAUCACAUUGCAAUUCUUCUGAAGAUUGAAAGAUUUCCUAAUCUUGAAGUUGUUCCAUGUAAGAGAUAGAAACAGAAGUGAAUAAGUUAAAACCUGAUGAUUGGACAAGCAACAUAGAAUAUCAUUUUUCAAUCUGUUCAUAUGUUCAAAUUUAAUUAAUCAUUAGGGUGGAGUGCAAAUUAAAGACAUGCAGAAGGGGGUAUACCUUUAUAGUGUCCAUGACAUUUGAGAUCAAAGUUAAGAGGGUAAGUAUGGAAAAAUGUGAGUUUCCCAUUGUUGAUUUUGAUAAUUAGCAAUCACAUGUGCAGGGAUAUUGCAUUGAUAGCUGUGAAUUGCUUUUGUGUCAUGUAAUAAAUACGGUGAAGUUCACACUGGCAGAUGCUCUUAUUUACAGGUUUAUGUCAAUAUGCCCUUUAUAAUUAUGAAUGCAUUGUAUAUUAUUU